GCGCCGUAUUGGGCUUGUUUGAGCGCGCACACACUUUAGCGGCCGCUGCUGCUGUUUUGUACCUGUGCCGAAGACACUGAUCGCGGCGAAACUGUGAUUUUUAAUUGCUUUUUCUGUGAGGAUUUCUAACGCAAAAGUGGAUAUAUUACAAAUUUGUGUAGUCACGGCAGCCUAGCAGUGUAGGUAAUAUUUCUCCACGCGCGCCAUGGCGGACACGUUAGCCAACAAUGUGGACGAGAGGGAAAAGCUGAUCCCGGACUUGGACGACCCCGAGUUCCAGAAGGAGUUGCAGCGGCCGGCCCACAUCAAGGCCGACAUGAGGGACAUGGAGAGGCAGCGAAGGGUCUCCCUGAUCCUGAACAGCCAGGCCUUCCGGGAGGAACUGGAGAGCAUCAUUGAGUCACAGUUGAAGGACAUGUUCCAGAGCGGGCCUCACCCAGCAAGCCUUAUUGCCCUACAGCAGAUAGCUGACCUGGUUCUCCCCCAGUCAAGAUUCAACCAGACCUCCGUAGGCGGGGGACGUGGUGGCGGUGCCGCACAGGGAGCGAGCUUAAUACCGGUUGCUGACAUUCGCGGGGUGGACUCGGUCAACUACAGCAAAGGGGAGAAGAUUCUGAGGUGCAAACUAGCCGCCCUGUAUCGCCUGAUUGAUCUGCACGGAUGGACACAACUCAUCUACAACCAUGUCUCGCUACGCGUAUCCAUGGAAACAGACCACUUUCUGAUCAACCCCUUUGGCAUGAUGUAUCACGAGGUCACGGCCUCCUCCCUCAUCAAGGUGGACAUGCUGGGUCAGACCGUCGACCCCGGCACCACGACCUUUGGCCCCAACCUGGCCGGCUUCACGUUGCAUUCGGCCAUCCACAGCUGCCGGCCCGACGCCAAGUGCGUGGUGCACAUCCACACCCCAGGUGUUGUAGCGGUUUCAUCAAUGAAGCAAGGGCUGCUGCCCCUCAGCCAAGAAGCCCUGAUCUGCGGCGAGGUCUCCUACCUUGACUACAGCGGCAUCAUCGUCAACGAUCAACAGAAGGAUGACAUCAUCCGCGCCCUGGGCCCUAACAGCAAGAUCCUGUUCCUGCGCAACCACGGCGUGGUGUGCUGCGGCGAGACGGUGGAGGAGGCUUAUUACUGGACGUACAACGUGGUCGCAGCCUGCGAAAUCCAAGUAAGGUGCAUGUCCGUCGGCUUGGACAACCUGAUCCUGGUCUCGGACGCCGUCAAGGAAGAGACCCGCGAGGUGGCCGUCAAGGGCGGAGGCGGCGUGAUCAAGCCCACCUCGCCGGAGGAGGAAGGGGAGAAACGGCGGGAGAGAAGGUGGAAGAUCGGAGAGCUGGAGUUUGAGGCCAUGAUGCGGCAGCUGGACAACAUGGGCCACCGAACAGGUUUCGUCUACCACCAGCCCCUGGUGCGCUCAGACCCCAAGCCCCGCAGCGAGGUGGCCCACCCGGCAGCCUCCACCUCAGUCACCUACUUCUACGACGACGACAGGGAGGGCAGCAAGUACCAGUCCCCCAUGAAGCUGAUGAACCGCAAGCAGGCUGGCGAGAAGACUAAGUGGCUGAACACGCCCAACACAUACACCAAGGUCGAAGUUCAGGAGGAGGUCAAGGAAGGGGAGGAGGCCAAGACAAAGACAGUGUGGGUGACUGAUGAGGCUAAGCAGACAUCUGGCGAGUCAAUGAAAGUGGCUCCUCAUCAGUUUUCAGUGCUAUCUGAGGACCCCAAGGAACUGAAGAAAAAACAGAAAGGCAUGAAGGCGGAUAGGUUUGAUGACAAGGUGACAGCAGGACCCAUCUCAGAAGUGCUGUCAGGCGUACAGUAUGGCGACUCACGCAGGGCACAGCUUGCUAGGGAUGCCCCCUUGUCUGACUCCAAAGACAAACUGCAAGAUUCACCCCGCAAGCAGCCUGGCGCAGAUGGGGAUCAGGUGCAAGCGGCCUCCAAGGGAAUCAUCAAGCGAGAACACCAGAAGGACGUCAUGCUGUACACCGCCUACGCCCCCAAUCCGUUCGAGAACAUGACCGAGGAAGACAUCUUGAAGUACAAGCAGGAGAUUGCCGAGAAGACUGGCCAGGAUGUGAAAGAGAUUGAGUUGAUAGUACAGGCGCCUAACAUGAACGGCCCAGAUGGUAUGGAAGAGACUACCACUACAACCCAGAGAGAAGUAGUUGUCACCAAGGGAGAAGACGGCUCGGAAGUCACAACCACCCGAGUUGUGACAACCAAGAUGACAACCAAGGAGACUACGCUGAACGGAGACGAGGCGGAGGCCGAAGCCGAGGAAGGGGAGGAGGACGACGAGAGAGCCGCCUCCCCGUCCCAGGAAGCCGGGGUGAGGAGCGCCAGUAGCGCUGAGGCGUCCCCGACCAAGGACGCCACCUCCCCCUCUAAGAAGAAGGACAAGGGCAAGAAGAAGUUCCGAACCCCUUCAUUCCUCAAAAGCAAGAAAGACAAAAAAGAGAAGGCGGAAAGUUAAACACCUUUCUUUUUCUGUUUUCCCCUUCAAUAAAACGACAGCGCUAUUCCAAGCUUUUGAGAGAGGGUCUGUGUAACGUAUGGAGAGAGCUGUCCAGCUUUUUUUUUUCCUUCAGAAGUGGCCUCAUUUUCACUUAUCUAGUCGGAACCGGUCAGAACCUGUUCCUACCAGUUGUUGUUUUCAUACAGCACAUGUAAUAGUUUAAGCUUACAAGAGAGUCUUCAGCCCAAACUGGAUUGAACUGGUUCAAAGCAGUUGGCUUCACAAGACUCAGUUUUCUUUUGUUUAUUAUUAACUUCAUUGACGCCAAGUUGAACAGUAAAUACAGUUUGCUUCAUACUUCACUCUCUCUCUCGACACUUUUAUGUGUUUUUUUUUUGCAUGUAGGUUUCGGGAAUUCAAGGACAGACUUUUUGGGGGAGUUUUAGACGGUAAAUUUAAAACUGCUGCAAUUUUCAAUGAAUCGGAUGUAGCUUGCUAAAUCUCUGUACAUUAAUGUGAUUUGCUCGUCGAAUGGGAAAACUCUGGCGAGAUUUGUCAGGUUUUUUUAACAGUGCUUUGCUAUGUAGGUAAUAUUCCAGCGUACAGUGUAGGUAGCGCUCAUCAAAUGGAAAUGAAAUAAUAAAACUGUAAAACAGUGCAUUCAAGACUUAUAACGGAAAUUGGACAGAAAAAGCCCCCAAGAUAUUUCAAGCAGAAAAGAUUGGGUUUUUUUUCUUCAACUUGUAAAUUGAUUGCUUCUGUGUCGAUGGGUGUGUAAGUAUUGACAUGUGUUAAUCGGUCGUCAUUUUUAACGCAAGGUUGUUGGGUAGUUUGUAAAAAAAUAAAGGUAGAUGGUGCUGCACCGUCACCUUGUUUCCAUGGCAACUGCCCUGUAUUCUGCCCUGUAUUCUGGUCACAUUCUAUGUAAAUUUAUUCCAACCAAAAAGAGGGGAGAGUAGCCCCAAACGUCUUAAAGAAAUAACCCAAAUUAUGAAUCAGUUAUUCUGAUAACUUGAAGAAAAUAAUGUAACUCCCCAGAAUUUCGGGAGAGAAAAAAAUGAAUAGAAAAAAUAAUCUUUUUAAUUGAUUGACAUGCACAAGUAAUGGAUAUUUUCUCAGAGCACCCACAAAAAAAACUGUAGAUUAAUAAUAAAUGUCUUGAUAAGUGUUUUAAUGUGACAUUCUAAGAUUGUAAAUGUAAAAAAAAAGUGUAUCGCUCUUUGAAAAUACGAAGAGGUCCUAUGCGUUCGUUGUUGGUGUUCCUUGUGGAUCCAAUGUGUACAUUUUUUAUUGUUGCUGUUGCACACAUGUAGGUGUUUAGUGCAAAAAGUCAAGUGAUUCUGAACAACACAAACAUUGUAAUUGACUAAACUUUCGAAACUCAUGACAUCGCAAGUGCAUUUUAGGGCUGAUGAUUGUUCCUUGUACCGUAUGUCCAAAUGCUCUUUCUGAGGAUGUUUUGCAGGUGCUAAGUGAUUGGGCUGGACAUCAAGUGUAUAAGAGAAAUGGGUCUGCUGAAUGGUUAUGUAGUUUUUUGGGGUGUUUGGAUAAUGAGCAGAUGGAUCUCAUGUGAUGUGCAUGUGACGGGCAUGUGAUGUGCAUGUGACGGGCAUGUGUUGAGCGUGUGACCAUGUGCGUGGUAUCCAUGCCAGCAGCAUGUGAGUCUUCAUGUGAUGGCCACGUGCUCGGCAUGUGACAGGGAGAAGCUUUCAGGGUGCGGCAUAAAUUUUUUGAGGUCGUAUGGAUAAAAAAAAAAAAGAAUUUGGAAAGGUUUGAUUCUCUCAGACCGUCUACAGGAAAAAUGACUUAUUUCUACUUCAACAUCAAUUGAUAAUUAUUUGGUGAUAAAUGUCCUUUGCUUUGAUGUGCAAAUUAUGACAAAACAAAAAUUCUUGAACAGUGUUCAGUGUUUUAAUACUGCUAAGCUCGUGAAUCACUGCUCGUCGCCAGAUUCAUUUUUGUAAUCGUUCCCGCUUACUUUCUCUGUAAGAUUUUGUAUUCAUCUUUGCACUCCAUCACAUUUUACCAGUAUGUAGUUCUGUGCCUAGUGAUGAUAAUUGUAUUUAAAAAAAAACUGUAGUACAGCCCAGGAGGUAUUCGAGCCGCAUCCAUCAGUGUAGAACUCGCAAGUGGUGUUUCUGUGCCGAGAUCAUUUGAUACGUCUGCACCGGAGGUAUGCCCUUGAUGUAUUCAUGUAUUCGUAGACUAGGAGAUAUACCAAAAUGAAUAUUCAAAUUAUAAAAAAAAAAAAAAAUCCUGUUCUUGCGUAAUUUAUAACUCAUGUGUAAUUUUGUCAAAAUUUAGACACCUGCAUGCAUAGUGCUGUGUAAGCAAAAUAAUAGUACUUGACUACAUAGGUGUAAGUUUAAAUAAAAAAUGAAAAAAAUGUUCAAUAAAUCAUAAUAUUGUAAGAUAACCAUGUG